GGAUCCCUCUCAAAAAAAAAAAUAAACCCCAGAAUCCAGGGGACAAAACAACACAAAGAUUGUGUAUUCCAUGUGAAAAGAGGAAAAACUUCUGCAGGAGAGCAGAAAGCUUAAAAGGCUGCUGAAGACCCUACCAAAACAUGGAUAAAAAAAGCAAGCUGGUAACCUUGCUCGGUUUGGUUUUGGGCAUGAACGUCUGUGCUGGAUUUACAGCUCAUCGUUUCAGAAGAUCUGGUGAAUUUGGGGAGGAGGGUCCGGACUCAGUCUUAUCCGAUUCCCCCUGGAUUAGUACUUAUGGCUCCUGCAAAAACCGAUGCUUUGAACUUGAUGAAGCAGAGCCUCCAAGGUGCCGUUGUGACAACCUGUGCAAGAGCUAUAGCAGCUGCUGUGUUGACUUUGAUGACCUGUGUUUAAAGACAGCUGGUGGUUGGGAAUGUACCAAAGAGCGCUGUGGAGAGACCAGGAACGAAGACCAUGCCUGCCACUGUUCAGAAGACUGUUUAUCAAGAGGGGACUGCUGUAGUAACUAUCAAGUGGUUUGCAAAGGAGACACUCCCUGGGUCAUGGAUGAUUGUGAGGAUAUUCGAACUCCAGAAUGCCCAGCAGGUUUUCUUCACCCUCCGCUGAUCAUUUUCUCUGUGGAUGGCUUCCGUGCAUCGUACAUGAAGAAAGGUGAAAAAGUGAUACGCAAUAUUGAGAAGCUAAGAUCCUGUGGAACCCAUGCCCCUUAUUUGAGACCUGUCUAUCCGACCAAAACCUUCCCAAACUUGUACACUCUGGCAACUGGACUGUAUCCUGAAUCUCAUGGAAUAAUUGGAAAUUCAAUGUAUGACCCUGUGUUUGAUGCUAUCUUUAACCUUCGAGGAAGAGAGAAAUUCAAUCACCGAUGGUGGGGAGGUCAACCAAUAUGGAUUACUGCUGCUAAGCAAGGCGUGAAAGCUGGAACAUUCUUUUGGUCUAAUGUGAUCCCUUAUGAGCGCAGAGUAUUAACCAUACUGCAGUGGCUAACUCUGGCAGACAAUGAAAGAGUGCAAACCAGGCCUUAUGCUUAUGCAUUUUACUCUGACCAACCAGAUAUGGCUGGCCACAGAUAUGGUCCAUUUAGCUCUGAGGAGAGUAGUUUUGGGCCCCCUCUUACUCCACCUAAAAGGCCUAAAAGAAAAAUCAGUCCUAAGAGGAUUCAGAAAAGACGUGUUACUCCUUCCAAGAGAAGACGAAAAGUACCUAGAAUGGAACACUUGUCUGCGGAAUCCCGUCGGAUUAAAAUGUUAGGUCCACUAAGAGAUAUUGACAAGAUCCUUGGGCAACUAAUGGAUGGACUAAAGCAGCUGAAUUUACACCGAUGUGCCAACAUUAUCUUCGUGGGUGAUCAUGGAAUGGAAGAUGUUACUUGCGAAAGAACCGAAUAUUUGAGCAACUAUCUGUCUAACGUGGAUGACAUAACAUUGAUACCAGGAACUUUAGGGCGUAUUCGUGCCAAAGCUAAUAGUAAUGUUAAAUUUGACCCCAAAGCCAUUGUGGCCAAUCUCACAUGCAAGAAGCCAGACCAGCAUUUCAAACCUUACUUGAAGCAACAUCUUCCCAAGCGUUUGCAUUAUGCAAAUAACCGAAGAAUUGAGGAUAUUCAUUUGUUGGUGGAAAGAAGAUGGCACGUGGCCAAGAGGCCUGGAGAUGUGUUUAGGAAAAUAACUGGGAAAUGCUAUUUUCACGGAGAUCAUGGCUAUGACAAUAAGAUCAACAGUAUGCAGACAGUCUUUCUAGGCUAUGGGCCUUCAUUUAAAUACAAGACAAAAGUACCUCCAUUUGAGAAUAUUGAACUGUACAACCUUAUGUGCGAUCUCCUUGGUUUGAAGCCUGCUCCCAAUAAUGGGACACAUGGAAGCUUAAAUCAUCUCCUCCGGAGCAGUAUCUACAGGCCCAUCAUGCCUGACGAAAUAGCAAGGCCACUCCAUCCAGUAGCUACAACUCCUUCAUCUGACUAUGAUCUGGGAUGCAGUUGUGAUGAUAAGAAUAGGUUGGAUGAACUGAGUCGCCGUCCUUAUACCAAAGGAACAGAAGCGAGAACCUACACAAGAGGAGAAGGCUUUUAUACCAACGACCCUGAGAAUGUAUUACCUGAGGAUGGAUGCGUCCCGCCACCAGAGAAGCAUCUCCUUUAUGGUCGUCCAGCAGUUCUUUUUCGUACAAAGUAUAGUCUCUUGCAUCAUCAUGACUUUGAAAGUGGCUACAGUGAAACAUUUCAGAUGCCUCUCUGGACAUCUUACACUAUUUCAAAACAGGUAGAGGCACCUGGUAUGCCAGACCAGGUGAUCAGUUGUGUAAGACCUGAUUUGCGCAUUUCUCCAAGCAAUAGUCAGAGUUGUACUGCAUACAGAGUGGAUAGACAAAUGUCUUACGGAUUCCUUUUUCCUCCCCAACUCAGUUCCUCGGUAGAAACAAAAUAUGAUGCUUUCCUGAUAACGAAUGUCAUUCCCAUGUAUCCUGCUUUCAAAAAGGUCUGGAAUUAUUUCCAGCGGGUUUUGGUGAAGAGAUACGCUAUUGAACGUAACGGAGUCAACGUGAUUAGUGGACCAAUCUUCGACUAUGACUUUGAUGGUUUGCAUGACACCCCAGACAAAAUCAAACUGUAUGUGGAAGGAAGUUCGAUCCCGGUUCCAACUCACUACUACAGCAUCAUCACAAGUUGUUUAGACUUCACUCAGCCUGCUGACAAGUGUGAUGGGCCUCUUUCAGUUUUGGCAUAUAUUUUCCCGCAUAGGCCUGACAAUGAUGAAAGCUGCAAUAAUUCUUCUGAAGAUGAAUCCCGGUGGGUUGAAGAGCUCCUGAAAAUGCACACAGCGAGAGUGCGGGAUAUCGAACAACUUACCGGUUUAGAUUUCUAUCGGAAGAGCAGUCGAAGCUAUUCAGAGAUCCUUUCUUUAAAAACAUACCUGCAUACAUUUGAAAGUGAAAUUUAACUUUCUCUUAAAAUUCAGCCCACCCAUCCUCUCAUGAAGUGCUGUAUAUUUUUAUAUUAUAUUUAUUAAUUUGAAACAGGACAUUAAAAUUAUUAGUGUAUUUCUAAUCUUGCAACAAAUCUUAAAAAUAUUAAAUUGGUGGUCUGUUGUGUUUUGAAUUUUUAAUGUAAAACAUAUGUUUUGGGUGUUUUUUUUUUAAAGAGCUCUUGAUGUGCAGCUUCUUAAGGAGUCUCUUAGUUCAAAGCUUCUUAAAAUGAUACAGAAGAAUCACUUACUUAGGCUGAGGAAAUGUAAUUUUUAUUGCAUUCCCUUGUGCCGUGCUUUUUUUUUUAGUCCUGUAUUGUGUAUUAUACAUGUAAAAUGACAAUGAUUGUUAACUAUGUGAUAGACAUAUUUAAGCUUCAUAGAGAAUAGAAAUUUAAAUAUAAUAAAACCACACAUUUGGGGUUGUUUUAUUUGGCGUUCCUUUCGCAAUGGCAAAUCAUUCCCCCCCCCCCCCGUUUUCAGGUUGAUCCUUUCUCUAUACACAAACACGGUAUAAUUUACUGUGUGACCCUCAAAUUAUACUGGUUUUUUUUUAAAACCCAGGAGGCUGAAUACAUAACUGAGCCUGGAAUUAGAGUUGUAUGUCAUGGUGGUUGUUAAGGAGUCACCACAUGACCCGGUUCAAUUUUAUGACUCUUUUUGCAGUGGUCAUUAAAAGAACCCAUUAUGCCCAAUAGGUGUUUUUUUGCUGGAACUGGGAAGUAAAUGCUGGAUUCUAUCAAGAAACCACUAUAAUUGCAGUCACUCCUUAACUUCUGAUUUUGUUAAGUGAAAUGGGUGGAGCCUGAGGAUGAAGAAGACAGAGCUACAAGGCCUUAAUCCAGGGGUCUUCAAACUUGGCCCUUUUGUGAUUUGUGGACUUCAACUCCCAGAAUUCCUCAGCUAGGCACACUAACUGAGGAAUUCUGAGAGUUGAGGUCCACAAGUCAUAAAAGGGCCAAGUCUGAUCCUUCGGAAUAUUGCCGUCGCUCAAAAAAGCAAUUUUUUUUUCUAACCAGGCAGUCUGACCUAGAAGGAUUUGGCCUGUUUUGCAUCAUUCUGCCAAUUGUGGUCCUUGGCAUCCCCCCCCCCGAUUUUUUAAAAUUAACCCUGUGUUUCCAGAUGUUUCCUCACCCGUUUGGCACAUUGCAUGAGCCAGAUCUCGGAUGGGCAUGGUGAACUAGAGCAAUUCAAGAAUGCUCCCUCAUGUGCAAUGCUACAGCGGGUGCUUUUUAUUAAAAAGUCUUAACAUUGCCAAAGAAGUUUGGCAACUUGAAGUUGUAUGAACAUUUAUUUCAUAAGAAAGGAGUUGCAAGAAUGUGGCAGUUGAGUUCAUAAGAGGGAAACUGCCAAGAGUCUAAUCCAGGGGUCUUCAAACUUGGCCCUUUUAUGACUUGGGGACUUUAAAUUCCAGAAUUCCUCAGCCAGGCAUGUUGGCUGAGGAAUUCUGGGAAUUGAAGUACACAAGUCAUAAAAGGGCCAAGUUUGAAGACCCUUGGUCCAGCCUUACUAGGACUCGAAUGGAGAUGAAGUUCUGGGCAGUAAAGUAGGCUCCUUCUGAAAACUUUUCUGCUGAAGAGGCUCAGAUUGAUUUUUUAAAAAAUACAUAUUUUAAUAGGGUAUUUUUAAGCAAAAGCUUUUCCCUCAGGUUGAUCCCAAAACCUCUCUUUCGGGUGAGGAAGUGUGUGACCUGUUGCCCAUCUUAAUUCCAGAUGAUGGUUAAUGGCAAAUUCUAACUUCACUCCAUCUUUCUUAGUCUUCAUUUCCCAACAGACAUGCAAAGUUUUGGAAAUCUUUGACCCCACUGGGUCCAUGUUUUGGGAUACCAAUAAAUAUCCUUCAGAUUGUUUUGGCUGAAA